AGGCCUGCUAAUGUUGAUGUGAAUCAUGUCAAGGCCAAUGGGACUCUUAUGGCUGCCUUUGAUCUUUACUCCAGUUUGUGUCAUGUUGAAUUCUAAUUUCCUCCUCUGGAUAACUGCUCUAGCAAUACGGUUUACACUUAUUGAUGGACAAGCACAAUACCCAGUUGUAACCACGAAUUAUGGCAAAAUACGUGGUGUAAGAACACCCUUGCCCAAUGAAAUCCUUGGCCCUGUGGAGCAAUACUUGGGAGUUCCUUAUGCUUCUCCUCCAACUGGAGAGAGACGAUUCCAGCCCCCGGAACCCCCCUCAUCCUGGACCGGUGUGCGGAAUGCCACACAAUUUGCUCCUGUUUGCCCACAGUACCUGGAUGAGAGAUCUCUGCUCAAUGAUAUGCUGCCUGUUUGGUUUACUGCUAACUUGGAUACUGUGGUGACAUAUGUUCAGGAUCAAAAUGAAGACUGUCUGUAUCUGAACAUCUAUGUACCCACUGAGGAUGGAGCCAACACAAAGAAAAGCGCAGAUGAUAUAACCAGUAAUGAUCGUGGGGAAGAUGAAGAUAUACAUGAUCAGAACAACAAGAAGCCAGUUAUGGUCUAUAUCCAUGGGGGAUCAUACAUGGAAGGAACAGGAAACAUGGUUGAUGGCAGCAUACUUGCAAGUUACGGAAAUGUCAUUGUUAUCACCAUCAACUACAGGCUAGGGGUUCUAGGUUUUCUAAGCACUGGAGACCAAGCUGCAAAAGGCAAUUACGGAUUGCUUGACCAAAUUCAGGCGUUGCGAUGGAUUGAAGAAAAUAUUGGAUCUUUUGGAGGAGACCCCAAAAGAGUUACCAUCUUUGGAUCAGGGGCAGGUGCAUCCUGUGUUAGUCUGCUGACACUGUCUCACUAUUCAGAAGGUCUGUUCCAAAAGGCAAUCAUACAAAGUGGAACUGCCCUGUCCAGCUGGGCUGUGAACUAUCAACCUGCCAAAUACACGGCAAUUUUGGCAGAAAAAGUGGGCUGCAACAUGUUGGAUACGACAGACCUAGUUGAAUGCUUUCGGAAUAAGAACUACAAAGAACUCAUUCAACAGACUAUCACUCCAGCCACAUACCAUAUUGCCUUUGGGCCUGUGAUUGAUGGGGAUGUAAUUCCGGAUGACCCUCAGAUUCUGAUGGAACAGGGGGAAUUUCUCAACUAUGACAUAAUGCUAGGUGUAAACCAAGGGGAAGGCUUAAAGUUUGUGGAUGGCAUUGUGGAUAAUGAUGAUGGUGUCUCUCCAAAUGAUUUUGAUUUCUCAGUCUCCAAUUUUGUGGACAAUCUGUAUGGUUAUCCAGAAGGGAAAGAUACACUACGAGAGACCAUCAAGUUCAUGUACACAGACUGGGCAGAUAAGGAGAAUCCUGAAACGCGCAGGAAAACUUUGGUAGCGCUAUUUACUGACCAUCAGUGGGUUGCACCAGCUGUUGCCACAGCUGACCUGCAUGCACAAUAUGGCUCCCCAACAUAUUUCUAUGCAUUCUAUCACCAUUGCCAGAGUGAAAUGAAGCCCAACUGGGCUGAUUCAGCACAUGGUGAUGAAGUACCGUAUGUGUUUGGUAUCCCUAUGAUUGGCCCCACUGAAUUAUUUAACUGCAACUUCUCAAAGAAUGAUGUCAUGCUCAGUGCAGUUGUCAUGACAUAUUGGACAAACUUCGCCAAAACGGGGGAUCCAAAUCAACCAGUUCCCCAAGAUACAAAGUUUAUCCAUACGAAACCCAAUCGUUUUGAAGAAGUGGCCUGGUCUAAGUAUAAUCCAAAAGAUCAACUUUAUUUACACAUCGGCUUGAAACCCAGAGUUCGGGAUCAUUAUCGAGCAACAAAAGUUGCUUUCUGGCUAGAACUUGUACCACAUUUGCACAACCUGAAUGAAAUAUUUCAGUAUGUUUCCACAACAACAAAGGUGCCACCUCCAGAUAUGACAUCAUUUCCUUAUGUUACCAGGCGGUCACCUGGGAAGUUUGCCACAAAGCGUCCAUUAAUGACACCAAGCAACAAUCCAAAACAUUCAAAGGAUACACAGAAAACCUCCUCAGAGGAUACAAGUGUUCUGAUAGAAAACAAGAGAGAUUAUUCCACAGAGCUGAGUGUCACGAUUGCAGUAGGGGCAUCCUUGCUGUUCCUCAAUAUUUUGGCAUUUGCAGCAUUGUAUUACAAGAAAGACAAGCGGCGUCAUGAGACACACAGGCGUCCCAGUCCUCAACGGAACACUACCAACGAUAUCACCCACAUACAGAAUGAAGAAAUUAUGUCCCUGCAGAUGAAACAACUGGAGCAUGACCAUGAAUGUGAGUCUCUACAGGCACAUGACACCCUAAGACUCACCUGCCCACCUGAUUACACUCUCACCCUUAGAAGAUCACCAGAUGACAUUCCACUCAUGACACCCAACACCAUAACCAUGAUUCCAAAUACAUUAACAGGAAUGCAACCUUUGCAUACUUUCAACACUUUCAGCGGAGGACAAAAUAGUACUAAUUUGCCCCACGGACAUUCCACUACUAGGGUAUAGCUCUGUCAUUUGCCUCACUCACCCGAAGCCACCCGGAAGAUUAAAAAUAAGAAAAAUGGAAAAAAAAUUAAAAUCAUACACUCCAUCAUGCAACUUGUGAAAAAGGAAAAAAGGUGAAAGAGAAGGGCAAACUUAAUUUUCUUACUGAUAUUUUCCAUAGAAAUUCUGAUAUUAUAAAAGAUCAGCUUCAAACCCUGUGAAAUGUGAAAUAUGUACAUUGCUAUUAGGAUACUGCUUUAAUAUCUCAACCACUUUGAUUGAAAGUUAAAGUUGAGGCCUGAAGAAAGUCACUUAGGAAGGAUAUGUAUUGAGUGUAACGAACAGAAGCAGACACUUCUGGAACACAGAGCCAG